AUGCCCGAGCUGUUGCCGCUGUCGGACGCCGACUGGCGGCUGUGCUCGACGGUCCGGGCGCACCUGCAGCGCGGCGCCGUGGUCGCCCUGCCCACGGACACCGUGUACGGCCUGGCGGCGCUCGCGCAGCACGAGCACGCCGUCGCGCAACUGUACAAGGUCAAGAGGCGCUGCGAGCUCAAGCCCGUCGCUAUCUGUGUGUCGCGCGUAGAGGAGGUCCAGCGGUGGGCCCGUGUGACGACGCCCGAGCCGCUGCUGCGCGCGCUGCUGCCCGGCCCGGUGACGCUCGUGUUCGAGCGCUCGCCCGCGCUCAACCCGCACCUCAACCCGCACACGCCGCUGGUGGGCGUGCGCAUCCCGGACCACCCGUUCCUGCGGCGCCUGGUGGCGCGCUGCGGCGGCCCGCUCGCCCUGACCAGCGCCAACGUCAGCGGCGCGCCAAGCCCGCUGCGGCCCGACGAGUUCGCCGAGCUGCACCCGCUGCUGGCGUGCGUGGUGGACGGCGGUGCGCUGGGCGGCAGCGCGCUCGCGCGGCUCGGCAGCACCGUGGUGGACCUCUCGCAGGCGGGCACGUUCAAGAUCGUGCGCGCCGGCAGCGCCGAGGCGGCUACGCGCCGCGUGCUGCAGGAGGAGCACGGCUGGACGGAGCGAGUGUAGUGGUGGUUGCACGCC